CUGUCAUAUUUGUCGUGUUUUAUUUUUUAUUAGAAAAGUAUAAUAUUUUCUCAAAGUAUGGCUUAGCUGUUUUACAAGAAAGCGAAUUUUAAAUAUAAAGAUGGAUAUUGUAACUACCAGCCUUGAAGCGCUAAUUCAGCGAGCUACAUGCAACCAAAAUCAAUGUUUGGACACAGCAGCUAUUGAUGCUUUCUGUGGUCUCGUUAAUAAAGAGCCAGAAUGCGCUCAAACAGCCACUAGGUUUAUCACAGCCAAAGUUCACUCUCUACAUGAAUGGGAAGCACUUCAAGCUCUUCAUGUGCUGGACAUGUGCAUGAAGAGGUGUGGUGGGAAUUUUCAUGCUGAGGUUGGCAAGUUUCGGUUUCUCAAUGAGUUGAUCAAACUUGUGUCGCCCAAGUACGCAGGCGCACACACGCCUGACCCUGUCAAGCGCCGUGUGUUGGAGCUGAUGCAAGCUUGGACCGUCAUGUACCCGAGGGAACAGAAGAUCAAGGAGGCGUACGAGAUGCUCAAGAAACAAGGAGUGGUCAAGGAAGAGCCACUAAGGCCAGUGCCAGACGUACAACCUCCCCCUCCGCCACGACACCAGGACUCAAUCUUUCAGGACAUGGAGAAGUCCCGACUGCUGCAGAAACUCCUGCAGAGUAAGAACCCAGACGAUCUACAGGCGGCCAAUCGACUUAUCAAAACCAUGGUUAAAGAGGAUGAGCGAAGAGUGGAGAUGAAAAGCCGGCACUUGAGUGAGCUGGAGGCAGCUCACAACAAUGCUCGGCUGCUCAGCGAGAUGCUCGACUCAUACAGCCGAGAGGUCAGCUCGCCACAAGAUCUUGAGCUCAUCAAUGAACUCCACUCCAGUUGUCUCAGGUACCGACCAAAUGUGCAGAAGCUGUUGUCUGAAGUCCACAAUGAUGAAAGGCUAUUCAAUGAGGUGCUCGCUGCCAACGAUGAGCUGGGGGAGGUGAUCGACAAGCACUCUGCCGUGAUAGUACAGGGAGGGUCAGCAGGAGGGGUCAAGGGUAGUCUACUGGACCUGAGCUCUCCUACCCAGCCUGUACAACCUACACAACCUGCUCAGCCACACGACACUGUCAACCUGCUUUGUGAUCAGAUCAACACUUUAGAUUUAGAUGUUCCAAUGACUAGUACGGACAGUGUACAGCUGUUGUCGUCUGCUGUGGCUCCCCCUCCUCCACCUCAACCUCUCGGAGAUCUGUCCACUCUUGGAGACAUCUUCAGCUCCGUCGCUCAACCUGUGUCUUCUUCGUUAAUCGCUACUCACACACCACUAAAACCAGAAAUACCAGAUAAGCCGAUGGAGAGGAAGACAGGCCUUGAGGAGUUGGACGCUCUUAGUGAGAGCUUAUUGAGGCAGAGUUUACCAACUGUUACACAGCCUCCGCCUCGUGCCCCCGCCAAGAUGUCUAUGAACGAGCUGUCGUUAUCACAACAGAACUCUCCCCUCCACGUCACACCCGCCAUACACUCUACACCCGGCCUUCUAGACAGUGUGGCGUUUGACUUACUUUCUGAUGGCCCAAGUGACCUGUUGACCUCGGAGCCACCUCAGUUAAACGGAGAUGCUUGUAUUCUAGACACUUCGAAGCCAGAACCUCUGCUAGAGAUUGAACAGACUCCUGUUAAAAAGACUGAAGAGAACAAGACUAUAGAACAACCCAAGGAACAGAUUGUCGUUAGAUCCUUGGGAGACGUAAAUGUUACCUUGGACAGUAUAAAACCUGGCAGUUUACCUCCGCUGACUGUAGUAGAAGAGCGAGGCAUCUCCGUCAAGAUCCACUUUGGCAGAGACAGUCCUCGGCCCGACGUCUCUGUGUUUGUCGUCACCACCACUAGCAGCAGUCAGUUCCCAGUCACCGAUUACCUGUUUCAAGCCAUUGUACCCAAGGGGUGCAAGUUGAAGCUGCAGCCUCCGUCCAGCACUGAGUUACCAGCUCACAACCCCUUCCUACCUCCAGCUGCAAUCACUCAGGUCAUGUUGAUAGCCAGCUCUACAAGGGAACCAAUUUUACUGAGAGUUGUUGUCAGCUUUAAUAUGGACGAUGAAACCGUCACAGAAAUGAAAGAAAUAGAAUCAUUCUCCCUCUCCAGCUCAUGAGGUUAAGAUUUUCUUCGUUUGUAAAUAGUUUGCCGCAAAUGCAUUGUGAAUCACUGCUGUAAAAAUGUAUAAUUAUUCGUAUAAAAACGUUAACUAUAGAAUUAUUGAAACAAAUAUAAUGGAUUUGCAAUUUAUUUUUAUGUAACAUUAUUAAUGUUUAUUUGACUGUUUUUGUAUACAACUAAUUAUCAAGACAUUAAACAGAUAACGAUUACAAGGAAGUUUGGCUGGCCAAAAUUAUGUAAAGACUUGAAUUCUUAUGAAAAGGGAGCGUAACCAAUAUAUUUUUCACUUAUGUAAAUUUGUUGAUUCGAUACUGUCCUUUGUCAUUAAUGGUGGACCUUACAAAAUACUGUGAUUUCACAGAUUAUUUGAUAAGAUAUUUAUUGAAUAGCAAAGGCUAGAAGUUAUGGACUAUAAAUAAAAACUCACAUUAAAAAUUAAGAUUGAAGACCUCUUUGUCGUGUACUUUCCAACAGCCUGUUUUAAUGUAUUUUUUUAUGAAUUGUCAUAUUGUGCUAUAAUUAGUCAUAAAAUAAAAUACUGUAGCAUUGUGAUUCUAUCAGGGGGAUGUAAUAUUUGGUUUCGUUUACCUUGGCAAAGCUGCUUCAAAUUUUGAUAUUUUGGAGGCUCAGGAAAAAUAAGCUUUGUUGGCUGGAAAGGUUGGAGUGAAUAGUCUAUCUACCAUUGUCUUUGUCAACUGCAAUUAUAUUUCUAAUACUAUUGUAAAAUAUGAAGCCUCUUUGGAUGUCUGAUUAUGUUCAAGUGCCCUGAUGUCAUUUAAAUGCUUCUCUUAUGUUAAUUUUACACUGUGCGCCUUAAGAGUUAAAAUUUGUAGUUAGCGGAAAACUCAAAAUAAAUAUCUUAAGGUGACAACAUAUCUUGUUUAGGUGCUGUGUUUCUUGGACGAGUUGAAUUUUGAAUAACUUCUUGAAUUUUAAAGUUUUUAUUGAUUAUAAAUAAUUUGGUUUUCCACUAUAAAUUUUUUAAAUUAUUUGAAUUAAAUUAUCUCCUAACUUCCAUGUAGGUUAUUUAAAAGAGAGUUACACAGUCUUAGAAUUAUGUUUUUGUAAACUAACUUUUCAAUGUUUUAUUAUUUUAAGUAUUUACUGUGCAAUCAACCAUGUUGUCCUCAUGUCAUUCCAUUCCAUACCAUUGUUGUUAUAUUGUUUGUUCUAGUUUGUUGAUGUAUUUGCAAGUUUAUGAGAGUUUAAAUGUUCAUUAUCAGAUAAUGUUUUAUGUUUACUUUAGUUGUGAAUUAUUUUAUCAUACAGCUAUGUAGUGUACUGACAAUGAAUACAAACCCUUUAAGAAGUGAAAUGCUUAUGGAGAAUAGUCAGACUGGAAUUUUGCCGUCGAAAUGAGCUUUGUGGGGCCGCCGCUAGAAUCGCUUGUGCAGCGGACACGCUACUAUAUCUCUCUCUCUUUCUAAACCGAUUCUUUGUCUCACUAAAUGUCAUUCAGUCAUCUGACUUGACCGCACGCUCGUGAUAGUCUACCUAGCGGCGGCCACAGGAACUAACCAAAAUUCAAUCCCGGACUGAAUUUUUAACAAAGGCAUUGCGCUUCUUAAGGUGUUUGUAUUCAUUGGUACUGAUCAGUGCCACCAUGUGUUUUUUUUAGUUUAGUAGGCUACAGUAGUUAGUUAACUGUUUCCUUUAGAUCAACCUUAAUUUUAUGAAUUUGUUCAGCUUUAAGGCAUCACUUCUAGGUGACUUUAGUAAUAAAUUGUUAUGAGAAAAUGUAAAACUGAUAUGUUAAUAUUGUAAGGUUUUUGACCUUAAACAAAUUUGUUGUGAUCUCUUGUUACUUAAUUUAAAAAUAUCAUAAACCCCAAUCUUACGAGCUUUAAGCUUUAUGUAAUUGAUCUGAUAGAAUUUGUCUUAUCAUGUCCGGUCUUCAAGUUGUGUUAGUAUUAUUUAUUGACUAAUUAGUUUUAAUCUUGCAAUGAAACUGAAGUAUUAAUGCUUGUAUACUGUACUUAGAAAGAAAUCAUCAUAGACUAAUAA